CUGAAGAAGACAUAUCGUGUUAAUCGUGCUAGCAUUCGUGGACCAUCCAUCGUCCCUCUUUAAUUUUAAUUCCUCGUCUCUUCUUUUCUUUUUAGAUUUUCUUAAUAAUAGUCGUGUAACUUUGAGUUCAUUGCUCCAUUAUAAAUUGCCAUCACUUUCUGCAUCUUACAAUCAAAACAAGAUCAUCAUUUUCUUCUCAUUUCCUAGAAAACUCAGAGGAUAAUUAAUGGCUGUUCUCAAGGUUCAUGGAAGUGCAAUUUCAACUGCAACUCAAAGAGUUAUUGCUACUAUCAUCGAAAAGGGUCUUGAAUAUGAGCUAGUUCUUGUCAACUUGCGGGAAGGUGAACACAAGAGAGAACCCUUCAUCUCUCUCAACCCAUUUGGUCAAGUCCCAGCUUUUGAAGAUGGAGACUUGAAGCUCUUCGAAUCAAGAGCCAUCACACAGUACAUCGCACAUGAUUAUGCGAAGAGCGGAACCCCGUUGAUUUCAUUCGAGAAGAUGCCAGUGAUGGUGAACUGGAUGGAAGUCGAGGCACACCAUUUUGAGCCUGUAUCAUCAGCUUUAGCUUGGGAGUUGGUGUUCAAGCCGAUGUUUGGUAUGACUACAGACGCAGCUGCUGUCGAAGAAAAUGAAGCUAAGCUGGGUAAAGUCUUGGAUGUUUAUGAAAAAAGACUUAGCCAGUCCAAAUAUUUGGCUGGAGAUGAGUUUACUUUGGCUGAUCUUCAUCAUCUUCCUAAUCUUCAGUGUUUGAUGGGUACACCAGUUAAGAAGUUCUUUGAAUCUCGACCACGAGUUUCUGCUUGGUCUGAAGAUAUCUUAGCUAGACCUUCCUGGGCUAAAGUUCUUGAUUUGCAGAAGAGCCACUAAAAAGAAUUGGGUUUCUCCCAAAUCUAAUAUAUUUAUUUUCAGAAUUAGUGGUUUUCUUGUUUUGUGUUUGAGUUGUAGAUCAGGAACAGAAAAAUCUGUAGAGAAUUUUUCUGAUUAAUAAAUGAUUGUAACUUUGUUGUUAGCAUAAUGUUGAAUGCUUUUGUGAGAUUUGUUUGAAAA